AUGACAUUCGACACCAUCAUCAUCGGCGCAGGCUGGGCAGGCGCCGUCGCCGCGCGCGAGCUCUCGCGCUCCGGCCGCAAAGUGCUGGUCCUCGAAGCGCGGGACCGCGUCGGCGGCCGCGCCCGCACCUGGGUACACGGCGCGCACGCGAUCGAUGUCGGCUGCUCCUGGAUCCACGGGUACAAAGAGGGCAACCCGGCGCGGGGCAUUGCGGAAGAGCUGGGCGUCGCCGCGCACCUCCCCAAACCCGCCGAGCCGGGGCUGUAUGGCCCCGCGGGCCCGCUGCCGAAGGACACGGCGGUCGCGUUGAGCGGCGCCCUCGCGGCGGCCGUCGCGGGCGCGCGCACGCCGCACCCGCCCCCGCCGCCCGGCGCGUCCCUCGCCUCCGCGCUUUUCGCGGAUACUUCCCCGCUCUAUGCUACGACGGACAAGGCGACCGCCGAGGCGUUCGCCCGUACCCUCGAAGUACCGCUCGGUCUCAAGCUCGAAAAUGCCUCGGCGCGCUGGGCCGGGUGGGAGGCCGCGACGAACUUUUCUGGCUCGGACGCCGCGCCGGAGGGCGGGUACGAGGCGCUGGUGUCGCGCGUGCUCGACGACGCGAAGGCCAACGGCGUGCAAGUCCGCUUGAACGCCAAAGUCACGGGGAUACGCGAAGGCGACGCCGGGGUCUCCGUCACCGCCGGUAGCGGCGAGGAAUACACUGCCAAAACAGCAAUCGUGACGAUCCCCCUCGGCGUGCUCAAGCACUCGCUCGACAUCUUCCGCCCGGCCCUGCCGGAGCGCUACGCGUCCGUCGUGCGCGGCGUGCACGUGGGCGUGCUUGAAAAGCUCUUGCUGCGGUACACGGAAGCGUGGUGGCCGAACGCAGCCACGACGGGGGGAUACACGUUCCUCCCCACCGCCGCGCCGCCGACUGAGGGCAGCUCCGCCCUCGAAGUGCUCGAGGGCAGCACGCUCAUCGUAGCCAACUUUGCCGCGGGCACGCUGCCCCCCGGCCCCGCGCCGAUUCUGCUCGCAUACCUCUCCGAGACGCCCGCCACGCUCCUCAAACAGGCUGACGCUGGCGCGGCGUUCCACACCUUCCUCCAGAAACGGUUCGGCGUCGCUGGCCCCCCGCCAGAGGAGGUGCACCUCACGUCGUGGCUGACGGACGAGUACGCGCGGGGCGCGACGACCACGCCCAGCGUCAUAAGCGAGGGCGAGCGCUCCCCUAUGGACUUUAAGGAGCUGAGCCGCCCGCUGUGGAAUGGACGGCUGGGGUUCGCGGGCGAACACACCGAGAUGGAGAACCGCGGGAGCGUCGCGGGCGCCGUCAUCUCGGGUCUGCGCGAGGCGGCGCGCGUCGAGCGCCUGCUAAAGAAGGGUCUGUAG